AUGAAGUUCACAUGGGCGACAUCGCUCCUUUUACUCUCUACAAGAGUUGCGUCCCUCACUGUUCCUCAAAUCGAGCCUACCGAUCUUGAAGAUGUUGACUCACUGGACCUGGGUUAUACCCAAGAAACCUCAGAUAUUGUAACCCUCGAAAAACGGCGUGGCGGCGGCGGCGGUGGUGGUGGAGGCCGAGGUGGCAGCAGCGGUUCAUCCAGCAGCGGAGGAAGCAGUGGAGGCCGCACCGGUUCUUCCGGCUCAAGUGGAAGCAGUGGAGGCCGCACCGGUUCAAGUGGCAGCAGUGGAAGCGGUCGAAGUGGUUCAGGCAGCAAUGUCGGCGGUGCAACUAGUGGCGGCUCUGGCACUCGAGCAACCUACGGCGGAGGCAACUAUUAUGCCGGCGGCGCGCGCACUCCCUACAGGUCUGGCUCUCGGUCCGCUGGAGGCAUCGCCCCUUACGUUCUCGGUGGAGCUGCACUGGGCUUCUUACCGGGUCUUUUGCUAUACAGCGCCUACGCUUACCCCUACAAUCAACACUACAACUACUACAAUGACAAUGACCGCCAGAACGAGUCGCUUCCUAUUGUCUGUGUGUGCCAGGAGUACUCGGAGUGUGGCUGCGACAACAACAAUAACCGCACCUACUACGAGUCCCUCUUCAACGGAACCGUGCCCAAGAACUCCAGUCUUGUCCGCGUGGUCGAUGUGAACGGUACUCAGACCAUCUAUAUCAACGGCACCUUGGCCAACGGUACCACUGCCGCUGACGAAAGCUCGACCGGCACUUCCUCGGCAUCCGGGCCAGUCGCGAUGGUUCUACAUGCUAGCGGGUACUGGGUGACUGUUGCCGUGGUAGUGGCCGCCGUCUGGGGAUUUUAA